AUGAUCAAGUUGAAGCCAGAGAGCGUCCCUCUCUACCUGGGGCAUCAAUCGGUUUCAGCGUACUUCCCCUUCGGGGAGACGGCUGUUACCAACCUCAUUGAAGGACAGCUUGCGUUUUUGCAUCACGUCCGCAACUAUGAGGAGCAGCUGGACGAGAUCGCCGCGUCGGUGGAGGAGGUCACAGCUCUGAAGGGCCAGCCGAAUGGGUGGGCAGUGAAAAACAGCAAAUCACUAUCCCACGCGCUGCGCCACAACCAGCAGCUGAAGCUUGGGAAAUUCCUCGAAGCAAGCAUCGAGCAGCUGGACGAAUUCACGUCACUCAGGCCUUUCCGCUGGGAACCACGAAAGUUUUUCGCUUCCUUGAUGGCGAACAGCAAGGGCCGAUUCCAGACGGGGAUUGCACCAAUGGCUUGCUCUUUCAGUCGCUUCUUGGAUUGGGAUUUCUCAAUCGGCAUCUCCGCCAUCCAGGGACACUCGCGCAUGCCCGAGCAGGUGGCCGAUAUCGCCCAAGGAGAGAGGCUGACGGCGCAGAGGCUUCGGAGCUUGGAUUUAUUUUCCACGCCUCCGAAAACCACAACUACGACAGCAUCAAGCGCGAUGGUCUCCUUCUGCGCGCCACUCGCCAAGGGUGGCAACGUCACCGGAAGGCUAUCCACUUUGUUUAUGCAGGUGGAUCCGUCUCUCCGGGGCCUGGCACGGUGGUGCGGUACGGGGGCAACAUUUUCUAUGCCCACAGCUCGACAUCGGCACGUUCUUCAACCACGGUCACAACCUCUUCCUCUUCCUGACCGACAACGGUGUCGUGCUGUGCUACCACGAUGCGGCCCCGAUGUACCUCACGUUUCACUGAAGGCCGCCUCAUGA